UUCCGGUGGGGAGGGGGGCGGGACCCCAGCCCGCUCACGCCGGAAGUGGUUUGCGUUUUCAAGAUGGCGACUCCCUAUGUAACUGACGAGACCGGCGGCAAGUACAUCGCCUCAACACAGCGACCUGACGGGACCUGGCGAAAGCAGCGGAGGGUGAAAGAAGGCUAUGUGCCCCAGGAGGAGGUCCCAGUGUAUGAGAACAAGUAUGUGAAGUUUUUCAAGAGUAAACCAGAAUUGCCCCCGGGCCUGAGCCCAGAGGCCACUGCCCCCAUCUCCGCAUCCAGGCCUGAAGGAGGUGAGCCAGCGCUCUCCAAGACCGCCAAACGCAACCUGAAGCGGAAGGAGAAGAGGCGGCAGCAGCAAGAGAAAGGGGAGGCGGAGGCCUUGAGCCGGACUCUUGAGAAGGUGUCCCUGGGAGAGACAGCUCAGGUCCUCAGUGCCCCACAGGCCUCCCGGGCAGUGCCUACGGCCGCCUCAGACCAAUCCGACUCAGCUACCACCACUGAGAAGGCCAAGAAGAUAAAGAACCUAAAGAAGAAGCUUCGGCAGGUGGAAGAGCUGCAGCAGCGGAUCCAGGCUGGCGAAAUCAGCCAGCCCAGCAAAGAGCAGCUAGAGAAGCUAGCGAGGAGGAGGGCAUUGGAGGAGGAGCUUGAGGACUUGGAGCUGGGCCUGUGAGGCCUUCGGGGAUUAGGGGAUGGACUGCAGAACAAACCGUGGGGCUCUCUGGGGUCCUGGGGAACGUGGGCAGCAGCAGUCGGGAGGGGUAUCCCCGGACUGGCUCACUUCCACUUCUCAUGGCCCGACUCCGUCCUCCAGAGCCUAGCCUCUCCCUCAUUCCUUCCCUUUUUCCCCUAACUCCUGUUUUUUUGGACUUCUCUCUCUCCCUCCUAUCCCCAGUGUUCAAGAUCUCAGUGACUAUCCCAGGUACCUUUGCUGCUGAUUUGGGUGUCUUGUUUAAAAGAAAAUUGGGUGGGUGGGAGUCUCUUGGAGAACUGAGGUUGAGGAGUGGGGGAGUACACCCAAGUCUUGGAGUCUUGGUUCCUAUUCACAGUGUUUAUGGGUUAUCUCCCCUUCCAUCCCUCACCUCUUUUUUUUUUUUCCUUUUUUUAAAAAGAACAGAAUAAACUCAAGUAGAUAACAUCUC